GCAACCUAAGAAAAGACAACAUGUGAACCUAAGAAAAGACUAACAUGUAAUAUGGUGUAAAUUACAUGGAAUCAAAUUGUAGUUUACUCAAACCUGAUAUAAACUUUCAGGUUCAGCUUUAGCAGGAGAGGAGCACCAAUUCUCCUGUGUUCACCAUGUGGAUCUUGCGAUUGAAACCAAGCAGCAAACAUCUACAAUAUCUGAAUUACUCAACACAACCAAUCCACAAUCAUUUCAUGGUGGACUACCUCGUCAAUUCUGUAGGUUUCUCCAAAGACCAAGCACUCUCCGCUUUACCAGACCUAACUCACCUGAAAUCCACCCAAAACCCCGACUCUGUCCUCCAUUUCCUCAAACAUCAAUGCUGUCUCGACAAUACCCAGGUCAGAAACAUCGUAAGCUAUCGCCCUAAAAUCCUAACCACCUCUGUCCAUAAAACCCUAGCCCCCAAAUUCACGCUUUUACAACAGUUAGGUUUACGUUUACCCGCCCCCGGUUUAGAGAAGCUCGUUAAACAGAGUAAUAAUUUCUCUAGCAACCGCUUAGGCGCCAAUGUUAGCUUUCUCAGGGAAUUACUGGGUGGCUGUGAUGACAAAGUAAGCAAGGUUAUUCAGAGAUCAUGGUGGAUGUUAUCCUCCAACUAUGCUCACAAACUGUCAUCCAGUUUGCUAGUACUCAAGAAAAAUGGGUUAUCAGAUGAUAAGAUCCAGAGUAUAUUGCUAAAGAACCCUGCUUGUCUUCUGCAAAACCCUCAAUGGUUGGAAGCAACCAUUACCAAAGUUGAACCUGUACUGGGUGUUCCUCCUGAGUCUCCGAGAUUUCUCGAUGGUCUUGAGAUUAUUAUUUCUUUGAGUAAAUCAACCUUGGAUAUGAAAUUUGGAAUCUUUAGAAGCUUUGGUUGGUCGGAUUCGGAAAUACUUACAAUGACUAAAGCUUUACCUUUCUGCUUGAGAAGUUCGGAGGCUCGAAUUCAACUUUCUUUGAAUUUUUUCAUGAAUGAGCUGGGUUAUACGCCUGCGUAUUUGGCAACUCACCCUAAGUUGUUAGUUUACAGUUUGGAGAAGCGGGUUAUGCCGAGAACUCAAGUGUUAAACGUUUUGAGAGAGAACAAGUUGUUGAAGAAGAAUUUUUCACUUUGCUCCAUUGCUGCUCUUUCUGAGGAGAAAUUUUUAAAAGAUUUUGUGUUGCCGUAUCGUGAAUUUGUACCUCAUUUGUUUGAAGCUUACACCAAAGCUACUGGUCAUCAAGUGACUUGAUUUUCAAUAUCUGGAAGAAAGAGAUUAAAGAUGAUAUAUGAUGUGAUGAUAGCUUUGCAAAGGCUAUGGAGAUUCCUUUUAAAGUCGUGAAUAAUAUCACGUGUCACUCUUAAAAAAAGCAACGAGAAAAUAAAGGUUGCUGUUAAAGUCGUUCGCUUGAACACCUUUCAAUCGCUACGGCAACAUGGGACGAAUUCAAGAUUCCUUUUCCUCUUUUGAGUUUUGAGGAUGAAGCAUUGUCACAAUGUAAUAAUAGUUUUAGUCAAAUAAUGUCAAAGCGUAAUAGAUAAGGGACCGUCGGUCAGAUAUCAAACGACCAACAAUAUUUAGAUGAUUUAGCAUAACACCUGCCAAGUGGGCUUUUAAGUA